AUGGCUACGCUCGUCGUACUGCCAUUCGUCUCAGCUUUCGGCGACGCACAAAUUCAUCCCAUCGAUACCGACCCGCGCCCUCUUCCUCCUCCAACUUUUAUCAACAGAGAACUAUUCGUCACACCAUGGCCCGUUCCGGAUCACGACUUUCAGCCCCUUCUGCAUCACCAUCUCGUCUACUCCUUCGAACUACCCUACGCUCACAUCAUCCCUGUCCAUCGCUAUCCAAUCACCAUUGAACAACUCGAGUACCAGAUUCGUCACAGCGCCAACAAGCUUCGCUUCAUUCAGCUCGGAACCGCCAAUGCUGGGCGCUCUAUGCGAAUCGCCUUCGCCGUGAGCGAUACGUAUCAGAGUCAUGGUCAAAAGUACUUUGCUUUACUUCGCGUCGGCCACGAGCGCGAGCUGUCUCAGCCAUAUGUGAUGGUGGUGGAGUUCGUCAAGGUGUCGGGAGUGGGACAGAUGGGGGAGGAGAUACCGAGACCGACGUGGUUGAGGGGCGCGUGCGUUUUGACGUUGCCGGGAGCAGCGUUGACCGGAAAUGAGGUCUUGGAAGCUUUGCGCCUUAUAUGA